AUGAAAUAAUAAGGAUGCAAAAAUGUUUGUGACAUAGACUCUCCAAUAAAUUCUAAUGGAUUUUGUUAAAGUUAUCCAAGUAAAUAUUAUUCAAAUUAUAUAUUUUAGUUUUCACAAUAGCUUAAGUCAAAUUUUAUACAUUGAAUCCUGAAAAUCCUGAAAAUCCUGAAAAUUUGAAGUGGUCAAUCAUAUAUGACUCAUUAAAUAUCGAUAUUUCUCCAAAAGUAUAAGGGACGACAUUUACUUUCUAUGGAAUAUUUAAGUUUAACGCAGGAAUCUAUAGAUUUUUCGAUGUAUAAUCUACUUAAUUUUAUUCAACUUAUUUAAUUGGAUUAAAAAUUUCAAUUCUACUUUUUAAUGAAAUUCCAUUAAAUUGUGGAAUAUAAUUUAAAAUUAAUAAUACAUAUUUUGGAUCCAUUUAUAGAAAUGACUCUGGAAUUCAAACACAUAAAUUAAAAAUAUAUUCAACCUAAUAGACAUCAAAUUCAGAAUUACCUUAUUCUUUAAUUUAGAAAUAUGAAUUAAUUUUAUAUUUAGAUAUUCCGAAAUCAUCAAUUCUAUUUUCUGCAAUUGGAAAUUAUACGUAAUUAUUAAUUUAUUUAAAUUAGUGAUAACACUGCAGGAUGGGGAAUGGUUUCAGUUUAGCUUACUUCAGGAUAUUGUUCCUAAUUUUGCUAAUUAUGUGAAGUAUCAUUUAAAUGUAAGACUUGUUUAAAUGGAUACUAUUUAUAUAGGGAUGGUAGUUGCAUUUAGGGUUGUGAAAAUCCAUAUCAGAAAAAAUUAAAUUCUACAUAUUGUUAAGAUUACGAUGAUGAAACACCUUGUAUUCAUAUAUUUACAUAUUUAGAUUCUUAAUAUUUGAUUUAAGAAUAUACAAAUAAAGCAAUUGAUCCUCAUUAAUAUUAAUAAUAUACUUUAGUCUCUCAAAGUGGCUCAAACUUUUUAAAAGGAUCAGAUAUAUAUUAUUCAUAUUGGUAAGUAUUUAGAGUUUUUGGAGGGCCUUUUGUCUGGGCUUAAGCUAAAUUUUAAAGAAUUCAUAAUAUAAUUGAUCCACAUCAUAGCAUUACUAUUGCAUUUUAUAUAAUUUAUGGGCCACAAUUUCCAAUUGAUGGAAAAUUUAUAUAUUAAAUUGAAAAUAAUCAACCAAUCUCUAAAUCAUCAUCAAAUUAUUAUUUGAUUUAACCUGAUGAAUCUAAAUACGACAAAAUUUAUGAAAAAAUAAGUCAUAAUACCAAUAGUUUAACAAUCAGUUGGGAAUGUUUUGGAACAAAUAAUGAGCCGAUUUAUGCUUAUUGUGGAUUUUUCAAUUAUUAUAUUGCAGUUCAUUAUUGCAAACCUUAUUGUUUAGAAUGUUCAGAUUAGAAUACAUGUACAUCUUGGAAUAGUACUUAUGAUUCAAAUAUAGUAAGGUUUUCUUAAGAAGAAUGCUUAAGUACUUAAUAUUUUGAUAGAGAUUCUUUUUAAUGUUUUUAAUGUCCUAUAUCUUGUUUAACAUGUAUAUCUAAAAUAGAUUGUAAAACAUGUUUAUCAACUUAUACUUUAACUAAAUUAGGAUGUAUAUGUAAGAUUAAUCAGUAUGAAGAUACAAAUCAAUGUUAUGAUUGUCCAGAUGAAUGUAAUCAAUGUUUAAGUUCUACUUACUGUACAGAAUGUUUACUUACUAAUAAUAGAAAACUUAUAAAUGGAUAAUGUAAUUGUAUAGAUGGAUAUUAUCCAAUAGUAUCAAAUCCUUAAUGUUAAUAAUGUCAUAAAUUUUGCGAAACUUGUUUUGGACCCACAAAUAAUGAAUGUUCAAAAUGUUCAAAUAUUAUUAAUAUUGAAAAUAUGGAAUCAAAAUGUAGUUGUCCAACUAAUUCAUAUUAUGAAGAUGCUUUAAGAACAUGUUCUUUAUGCGAUUAAUCAUGUUAAACUUGUUUUAAAAAAACUAUUGAUGGUUGUUUAACAUGUAAUUCUAUGUUAAAUAGAAUAUUAAAAGAAUUAAAAUGUGAAUGUAAACCUGGUUAUUAUGAUUUAAGCAAUAUUUGUACAAGUAUAAUUUAUAAUAAUAAAUUUAGAUUGUCCAACUAGUGAAGAUACAACUUUAAAUUAAUGUUAUAAACAAUGUAAUAAUAAUUAAUCAAUAUGGCAUACCAUUAUUUGUAAUUCUUGUGAUUCUGGAUUUCAAUUAGAAUUUGGAGAAUGUUAACCUAUUUGUGGAGAUUUAUAAAUAAAAGGAUAUGAAUAAUGUGAAGACGAUAAUUAAAACUUAAAUGAUUUAUGCUAUAAUUGCUAAUUUCAAUGUCCAAUUCAUUGUCAAACUUGUGAUUCUACAACUACUUUACCUUGUUUAGAUAUAUGUGGAGAUGGAAUUGUUACUGGAAUUGAAGAAUGUGAAGAUGGAAAUAUAAUUUAAUAUGAUGGAUGCUAUAAUUGUAAAUAUUAAUGUUAACCUUAAUGUACAAAAUGUAUUAAAGGAGAGUGUUUUGAGUGUGCAACUAAAGGAUGGUAUAUUGAUCCAACAAUAACUCCAUGGUUAUGCAAAGAAAAAUGUGGAGAUUUAAUUGUAAUUGGAAAUGAAUAAUGCGAUGAUGCUAAUCUAAUUGAUACUGAUGGAUGCAAAGAUUGUAAAUAUUAUUGUAGAAUUGGAUGUUCCUCUUGUAAUUAUAACUCAUAAACUUGUCUCAGUUGUGAAUUACCAGGGUUUUUUCCUUAAUUAUAUUAUUGUAAAAAUAUUUGUGGAGAUGGUUUAAUUGUUAUUGAUCCUUCUGGGAUAAAUUCAGAAUAAUGCGAUGACGGAAAUACAAUUAAUAAUGAUGGUUGUAGUAGUACAUGUUAAUUUCAAUGUUAACCAUCUACAAUAUGCUUGAAUUGUGUAAAUUAACGAUGUAGAGAAUGUGCUUUAGGAUACUAUCUUUCAAGUGAUUAAAUAUGCAAACCUAUUUGUGGAGAUUCAUAGCUAGUAAUUGAUGAAAUAUGUGAAAUAACCUAAAGUUUACCAUAUAAAGGUUGCUAAAAUUGUUAAGCUAAAUGUUAAACUUCCUGCUAAACUUGCAAUAUUAAAGGGCUUGGUUGUAAUGAAUGUAAAAAAGGUUAUAAGUAAAUCGAUUACUUAUGUUAUUCAUUAUGUGGUGAUAAAAUUGUUACAGAUGAUGAAUAAUGUGAUGAUGGUAAUCUUAUUUAUGGAGAUGGGUGUCAUUUCUGUUAAUUUGCUUGUACAGAUUCAUGUCUUUAUUGUAUUAAAGGAAUUUGCUAUGAAUGUUAAGAUGGUUAUUAAUUGAUAUAAUCUCAAUGUUAUCCAAUUUGUGGAGAUUAUUUAAAAUCAAAUGAUGAAUAAUGUGAAGUUGUAGAUUUAAUGUAAUCUUUCUAAAAGUGUUAAGCUUGUAGGUUUUCUUGUGAUGUAAACUGUCACUUUUGUUUCUAUGGAAUUUGCUAAAAAUGCGAUGAUGGAUAUGAAUUAUCUUUGAAUUAAUUUUACUGCUCUAAAUCUCUUCAAAAUACAUAAUUGUUUAUUGAAAACUGCGAAAUUUAAAUAACAAAUAGUUGUAUAAAAUGUUAAGAUAAUGCAUAUUAUGAUAAAAUUGAAUAGUAGUGCAAAUCGAAAAAUACUCCUAUGGAUUUUUGUGAAUAUUAACUUAAAUUAUAACCAGAUUUUUAUUGCAGCCAGUGUUUUAAAUACUGUGAUAAAUGUAAUGAAAACAGCUGCAUUCUUUGUAAAAUUGGCUAUUAUUUAGAUGAAAGUUUUUAGUGUAAUUCUUUUUGUGGAGAUGGAAUACUUGCACAUGAUGAAUAAUGUGAAAUAUUUGAUUAGAAUUGCUUUAUUUGUAAGUAUGUAGCUCCAAGCUUUUGUGAAUUAUAUUUUGAAAAUAAUUGUUAUAAAUGUGAAGAUGGUUAUUAUUUCAAUUAAUUUUCUAAUAUUUGUGAAUCUUAUUGUGGAGAUGGAAUAGUGGUUCAUGAUGAAGAGUGUGAAGAUAAUAAUUAGUUAGAAUUAGGUAGUUGCUUCAAUUGCAAAUACUAAUGUUAAAGAGAAUGUUUAGAUUGUUUAUUAGGAAAGUGUAAAUUAUGUGAAUCUUCAUAUAUUUUAGUAUAAUCUAAAAAUAUUUGUGAAUAGAUAAAAUUAUGUGAAGGUUUGAUAGGUUUAUAUUAUGACAGCUUAACAAAUGAUUGUAUACCUUUUUGUGGAGAUGGAAUUAUUAAAGGUUACGAAUAAUGUGAUGAUAAGAACUAUAUACCUUUUGAUGGAUGUUAUGAAUGUAAAUACUAAUGUGAUGAGAAGUGUACUAAUUGUUAAAAAGGAAAAUGUUAUGAGUGUUAAAAUGGUUAUUAUUUACAAAUAGAAAAAUGUAUAACUAAAUGUGGAGAUGGUAUUAAAAUUGGAAAUGAAUUAUGUGAUGAUUAAAAUGAUAUUUCAAGAGACGGUUGCAGUUUUUGCAAAAUUGAUCCUUUAUAUAAAUGUGAAGAGGAUGAAAAUUUAUUAAGUUUUUGCUAUAAAUGUUAAGACAAUUGUAAUGAUUGCAAAUAUGAAAACGAUACAGUAAAAUGUUUAAGAUGCAACAUUGGAUAUUUUCUUAAAGAUAAUACUUGCAACUCUUGUUCAGAAAAAUGUGAGGAAUGUAUAAAUACUCCAAAUAAUUGUAUAAAAUGCUCUACAAAUGAUUGUAAGCAAUGCCAUAAUAUUUCUGGUUUUUAUUUCGAUAAAUCGUUAAAAUCAUGUAUUACUAAAUGUGGAGACAAUAUAAUUGCUGGAACAGAAUAAUGUGAUGAUGGAAAUCUUAUUGAUUUUGAUGGAUGUAAUUCUAAAUGUGAAAUAGAAAAAAAAUUUAUUUGUAAUGAAGGUUUAUGCUAUUAUAUACCUUAGAAAUAAAUUGAUUUAACUUAUUCUAAUUCAACUACUAAAAAUGAUCUUGAUUUGAUGUAUGAUGAUUUUGAACUUGAUGGAAUUUGUAAUAAAUUACAAAUUUGGAUAGAAUAUUUUCAACCAGAUGAAUUCUCAUAUAAAAUUUAUAAUUAGGAAAAUUAUACAAAAAAGGGAUAAGGUUUAUGUUAAAUAAAAUUUAACUUCUUUAAAACUAUAAGUGAAUAAAAUCUUAUUCAUUUAAUAGUUCCAUUAAAAGAUAAUGAAACUAGAAUUCUUGAAGAUACAAGGGAAAUUAUUAUAACUCCAAGAAAAUUAGUUUAUUAUAAUGAUGAUUAAUAUGCAUAAGCUUAAAAUGUUGUUUCAACCUCUUCUUCUUUUACUUUUGCUUUACAAUUUAUUGGACCUAUAACCAUUAUUCUUGGAGGCUUUAAUAUUUUUUGGUCAAUUUUAGAUAUUUUGACUUGGAUUAAUAAUUUUUAUUUUCUCAAUGUAGAUUACCCUUUAAAUGUUUAGUUAUUUUUCAAAAAAAUUGAAUGGGGUGAUAUAUUUAAUAUUCCUCAAAUUUACAACUUAAAUACACCUGAUGAUUCUUAUUAUUUUGAAGCACCUCCAAAAUUUACUGAAAAAGAAGUAAAUCCUUUAUUUUUAAACAACAUCUAGUUAAUGUGUGUUCUAACUUCACUUGCAUUUAUAGCUUACUGCUUUUCAGUUUGUGUUGUAUCAAAUAUUUAAAAAAAAUUUAAGCCUAAAUUUUAUAUCACACACAAAAUUGAGUUUUUUUAAAUCAAUUAAAUUUAAGAUAAAAAUUAAGCCGAAUGUCCCAAAAAAACAAAAAAAACUAAGAAAUAAGAGUUGCCUUUUCUAAUAAAUAUAAUAUAUCAAAUAGCUGUCAAAUUUAAAAUAAACUUUAGAGCUUAAUUACUUUACCUUUUUGGAUUAGUAUUUUUUGAUAUUUGCUUAGCUUGUUUUCUUUAAUUAAAAUAUAAACGUGAAUCAGAUCUAGCUCUUAUCAAAUGGAAUAUUGCAUUAGCCAUUGUUGGAAUCAUUCUCAUAAUCUUGAUGUUCAAACUAUAUUCAUUUGUUUGCUCUCAACAUUCGAUUUUAUAUGAGUCUCUAAUAUUUUAGAAUUAAUAUUCAUCUUUAUACGAAGGUUUGAACACUAAAACUAUUUUAGGCAGAAAUUAUUGUUUUGUCAAUUUAAUGCGAAAAACUAUGUUUAUAUUUUUUACUGUGUAUUUUUAUGAAAAUCCUUUGCUCUAAACAUCAUUUUGUUGUGUACCAUGCUUCUUCAAUUUAGUUUUAAUUUUGUUCUAGAAUCCAUUUUAAAAUAAAUCUUAACUUUUUUUAUAAGCCCUUCCUGAUUUAUGUAUAUUCAUAAUCCUUUUGAUUACUACUCUACUGGCUGUUGAUGAUGUAAGCAAUAUAUUAUCGUUUGAUUAAAAGUAUAUAAUUGGAUGGGUAAUUUUGUUCUUCAUACUAUUAUCUAUAUUAGUGUAGAUUAUUUUUUUGCUUAAAUAAUUUGGACUUGAGAUUAGAACAAGAUUUAUUCAAAUAAAGGAAUUAAUAAGUCAAAAAGCAGAGGUUUAGAAAUGA